AUGGGCUCUCAUCAAGUACACGUUGGCAUCGUCGGUGCUGGGAUCGGUGGUCUGGCGGCAGCCAUUGCAUUGCGUCACGCCGGGGCUCGAGUCACAGUGCUGGAAGCUGCCGAAGCACUCGGUGAAAUCGGCGCGGGCAUUCAGAUGACCCCCAAUGUCUCUGUACUUCUUCAGAGAUGGGGCGUGGAUAAGGUUAUCGGUGAUAACCUGGUCCAGUUUGAGGAAUUGAAUAUGCGCCGCAAAGAUGGCACCGCGGUGGGCUUUACCAAGAUCUCAACUAUUGAGCGAGACUUGCAGCGGCCCUGGUGGGUGGUCCAUCGAGCUCAUCUCCACGAGGGUCUGGCCACCAUCGCCACCAAAGCCGGGGCGGAUAUUAAGAUCGACUCACGAGUCACCAAAUUGGAUCAUGAGACCGACCAGGUGGUUGUGACUACCCACCAAGGUACUGCGUACACCUUUGAUCUCUGCAUCGGAGCGGAUGGUGUGAACAGCGUCGUGCGAAAGACGCUGUUCCCCAAUGUUCACCCGGAGCCACCAACAAAAAACUGCGCAUAUCGUGCAAUCGUACCCUACGAUGUAAUUCGCCAAGAUCCCAUUGCAAAGGAGCUCAUCACGAAGCUUACAAUGGAGGUGUGGAUGGCGCCCGAUUCGUAUAUCAUCACCUACCCAAUCUGCGCGGGCAAGAUGUUCAAUCUGGUCCUUUCGCAUCAUCGCCCUGAAAAGCUGCGGGCUACAGAGACCGAUGUGCCGAUUGAAGAGAUGCGAGAGGAAUACAAGGACUACGAUCCCCGAAUUAAACGUAUUGUCGAUAUGAUACCGGAAGUGUCGCGUUGGCCACUCAUGGUUACCGGGCCGAUGGAGUCUUGGUCUUCACCACAGAAGAACGUGGUGCUCAUGGGUGAUGCAGCGCACUCCAUGGUUAACCACAUGGCCCAGGGAGCGGCCACUUCCAUGGAAGACGGAGCGUUCCUGGCCAAAUGCGUGGAAAGCGUCGUUCACGGAAAGCUGAGCUUGCGCGAAGCAAUUGGCAUUUACGAAGCCGAGCGUAUGCCCAAGGCUUACGAGAAGCAACAAGUGUCUUUCAUCAACGGAGCCAUAUGGCAGCUGCCAGAUGGGCCUUUGCAAGAAGGACGGGACGCCGCUAUGGCCCCGGAGCUGCAGGGCAAAUACUUUGUUCGUAGCAGCAAUCUCUAUGGUGAUCCACAAACGGUGCUAGAUGUUUAUGGAUACGACGCCCAAGGACACGCACAGGAUGCGAUCGAUAAAUAUUGUCAAGGUGGGAAAGAACCUGCUCACCCCAUGACGAAAGUCACCCCACGACUGCAGCGCCAAUACAUGGACUGGUUCCUGCCUGCCCCAGGUCGUAAAUUUGCCGAGAAGCUGUGA